AUGACACGCCAGAAAAUAUACAAUGAUUUCGAUCUAAAGAAUAAUACCAAAAAAGAAAACUGGGAGAAUCAUCUUGUAUCAAACAAUGCAACAAGAAGCAAUGGGUACGUGAAAUCAUGGAGAGAGUCUAGCAUCAUGAUCAGAGUUCUAUUUAUUGGACUGUUGUGUGUGGGUCUCGCCUAUGGGAGAACUUCAUGCUCCUGGGGUGUGGAGGUUGCCGAGUCAUUCAACCUCUCAUCGACAACCAGCAGGAUCUUUAGUACAAAAGAUAUUGUACCCGUCAACGAAUAUAUUAAAAACCUUGAAGUUUACCCUCUUAUAGCUCCAAAGGAUGAAGCUGUUUUCGCUUACCCCUAUGUCCUAAAAAUAAGAUUAUUGUGCCAAGAUGCGGACCCAUUUUUACAAACAAGGCGCUUGAUUCUUUUUGGAAUCACCCCUGAGGUCCAUAUGGAAUAUGAGCUUGAAGACAGCACCUACAUUAGCAAUACAUUACAUGGUCAGCUGUUAGAUCUUAUGAAAUACCCAGAAAGUUUCUCGCUGACGCAUUGUUUCCAGGCAGUAUGUGAACCAAUCUGGACUGCCCCCCUUCCUAUACACAUGAAUACAAAGUGGAUCCACAUCACAUUCACUCUACCAGGCUUUAAAUAUAUGAUGCCAACUUAUAGUAAAAUGAUAUCAGUCAAUGGCUAUGGUACUGAAUUAUCCCCCAAACCAUUCAGUCUGCUUGGAGACAGUUACAGCAUCUCCAGUUUAGAUGUGAGUGUCCCUCUGUCAGUCCAUCAGACUCCUAAUCUGGCCCAGGCCUCAAUUGCUAGUGGAUUCACCCAAUCCAACAUAGGACUCUUCAGUGAGGAUCACUUCAAGACUUUUAACACAUUUCAGUUUGAUAUAUUGGAGCACCUAGCGACAUCUAUAGUCUGUCCCAGCAGUCUCAACAUAACAGGAAAUGACAUCAUUGAUAUGGUUGUUUUAAAUGAUCGCACAAUUUUUGCAACUGUGUAUGGUUUAGUAGAAGUCCUAGGCACAUACUAUAGUGUAUCCACACAGCCAACAGUGAUCUUACAGCACUGUGUUGACAGAGUUAAAUCUCAAGACUUUGAUUUGCAUACCAAGUCCUAUCUGAUUGCUAUUGGUCAUGGAGAGAAUAACACAGAGAUUCACAUGGGCAAUCUGAAUCUGGCUGAACCAGGUUCACAGUUAGCGUUCACAACAAUGAGUUUGAACUGUAGUUUAAUGUGUGGAGCUAUCAAUGAGUCUGUAACCAACUGCACAGUCAUAGAUGGCGCUAUAAGUGGUAUUGAAGGCGAUACUACAAUUCUUUUGGUCGAUUGUUACUUCGCAGAACAUGCCCCACAUUUUGCUCUGGUGAAAUAUUCAGCUCAGGAAGACCCUGCCAUGAGCCUGCAGUCUGCUAUCCCACAUACAAUGGACUCUCAGAGUGACAUAACAGUGCACAAUGCACCUGGUGUUUCUAGCCUGCCAAGUAUAGAGAUCAAUCUCACUGCAGUCGCAUUCACUAGACACAUAUCACCACACCUCUACAUAUGGGGAAAUGUGCUACUUUUAAGUCCAGACCAAGGUGAUACUGUGCACAUGAUGGCUGUUGUACAGGAGGAUGAUUCCUAUAUAACAACACUAACCUCAUCCAAGCAAGGCAGAAUUGCUAUUCUUCUAGCAGAUAGUCAGCUCUGGUAUGGUACAGUGGGAAGCAUUGUCAUACAUAAGCUCUACCCAUCAGCUGCCUGGGGCUAUGUCUACAGCCAUCACAGUGAAGGAAUGCCUGAUAGCAUCACUAUUAAUGCAGUAUACUUUGAUAUAGAAGGAGAUCUACACAUUUUGGCAAGUUAUGAGGAGAAUAGUACUAUUGUCUUGAGGGAGCAUACUGUAUUUGUGGAGGAGUUAUUGGCUUAUGGGAACCAGAUGGCAGCUGCUAAGCUACAUAAUCACCCCAGUGUAGCACUGUCUAACCCAGUAACGCCACUUUGUAAUGAGACAGUACCAUUGAAUGAUUCCUUCAUUCAACUUUGUCCAUUUAAAAGCAUCCACUUCAACUCAGAAUUUGAGCAGCGUUAUUCCAGAUUCCAGAGAUUCUCCAUCAACCCUCCAAGAACAUGGUCGUAUGCCAGACUUCACAAUGAAGCCUCUUUGUUACUGUACCAAGCACAAAUACAGAAAAUAUUGGAAAAGAACAAACUGGAUGUGAAACCAUACCAAAGUGAAUACACAAAUGCUAUAGAGGAAAUGAAACUAGCUACAGUUGAGGAAAUGCAAUUUCUUCAAUACCAGUUUAGGAGAUUGAUUUCCAUGAGUUACAUUUUCCUGGAUCUGUCGUACUCAGAGAAAAUUCUUGGAGAGCCUGAAAAUUCAUACGAGCCACUGCCAGAGGCAAUUCAUCUUGACUAUAGAGAGAAAUAUAGCUUUUCUAUCUCUAUGAAUUUAUAUCCUGAAGUGAGUGAUUCUGGUAAUUUUGAUGCUGUCAGGCUGAACUUUGAAGUGUCUCACCCUAGCUACCUCAGUAUUAACACAACACGAGAUGAGUUUACGUAUAACAAGUCUGUUCGAUACCAGGUGACUCUUGGGGAAAAGGGAGAAUACAAUGUUGCCAGUUCUCCAGGCAAGCUGCCCUACCCAACAACUAUGAUGAUUAGAGUUGAGAACUCUGACCUACAGUGUAUAGAUGCAAGCAAUGGACCUUUACAGUUAAAGGAUGUGUUUACUAUGCAAGUUAUAUUGGGUUGUCCCCCAGGUAGGAGACUUGUGUUUGACAUGCAAGCAACAUUGGAUCGCCUGAAGACCACAACAGACAGAAACUAUGACUGUUCUACACCUGACCUUGAGUUACCGUGUCUCUACUAUAGUUCCACAUUCUGGCCUUUCUUCACUCUGGUGGACGCUGUCACUGGUGUGAAAGAAAGAUUCACUGGAGAGUACACCUUGAAGGUUAUAGGUGGCAGUCAUGAGUCAAAAGAUAAAAUUGUCCAAUUUUCCAAAUUCCAGAUACUGACCUACAAUAACGCAAAAUCGCCAGAACCUACUCUGAUUAUGGAAGCAACAAACGAAGGAAAGUACACAAAGUCUGGUUGGGCAGUGUAUGAUUCUACCUCUAAUGCUAUAAGUUGGAUGUGUGUAUCUGGCUCCCCAUGUACCAAUGUACCUGUAAAAUUCCCAAACUCUCCAGAGUAUUAUUUCUUAAUGGAAGUAUCAAAUGUGGACACAGGAAGCACCGACUCUAACUGCCAAUAUACUCUGCAAUUUAUCGUAAAAGUGCAUGGUCUUCCAAUAGAUGGCAUUCAGAUGUCACUAGUUAUUGUUGUCUGUAGUGUACUUUGCAUCAGUAGUUACGUCAUGUGUUUCUACGCCUGGUACAACAAACAGGGUAUUAGGUCAUACUUGUUGAAGUUCCCAGUUUUCCAGAAAAUCCUUCUUUGGAAAAAAUCAAGUGAAGAUUUUGAGAUGGAAACUACUGUGCUGCAACCUCCAAAACUGACAUUCAAUUUUGAAGACAUGAAUAGUGAUUCUGUGUCAAGUGUCCCCCAAUCUUCACAACGUCUCUGGGAAAAAAGUGCUGAAACUAUCAUAGAAGAUGACGAAGAAGAUGAAGUGGAAGAAGAAGAGUUACAGGCAGAUGAGGCUUCUGACUCAGAUUAUGAUGAACAGGUUAUUAAUGAUAUCCAGAUAAUCCCAACUACAGAUCCCUCAACCAACAAGCUAGACCUUGUUAAAGUUCAAACCAUUGGACCUGUAGUUCCUAAAACACCAUCAUCUCCUCGUGUUUAUGGUAAACUGCAACCCGCUGGACUAUCAGGUACUCAUCCGUUUUCUCUGCCUGUGUCUCCAAAAAAGGAUGUAAGACCUGGUUUAGUUAAAAGCAAACAAGGAUCAAGCCAUAAUGACAAUCAAAACAAUGCUAAUGUUGAUGAACAUACAGAGGUUGAUAUGAAAAAAGGCAAUCAGAGUUAUCCUAUUGAUCAACAUAGAGACAACAACAAUCAAAGUAAUUCAAAUGAAAAACUGGAGACAGAAUUUGAUGAGAGAGAGAAUGAGAAUGUUAACAAUAAUAAUAUUGAUGAACAUGAAAAAACAGAGACCAUGAGAGAAAGGAUGCACAGCAAUGACAUUCUGAUAUUACCUAGUAUAUCUGAAGGAUCGGAUUCAUGCUACAUAGAAAUGAAUGACAUAACGUCCAUUCGUAACGAACAAGAAUUUAAGGAUGUAGGGUGUUUGAAAGAUUCUGAACAAUCUCAAAUUGAAAUUGGUGUGGCAAAUAAACCAAAUGAAAAUAUUGAGGAUAAAAUGUGCCCAGCUGUUCGCAAUCUUACAAAAACAGUGGGGAUUACUAGUAUUGCUCAACCAACAGACAAUAGUUCCCAACCAAUGGACAGUAGUGCUGAACUAAGAGACAACAUUGUUCAACCAAGCGAUAAUAUUGCCCAACCAAUAGCCAAUGUUGCCCAACCAAAAGGCAAUAUUGGUUCUUUAGCAAAUUCUAUGGUUCAACUUAUGAAUACUAAAAAACAAGCAAAACCCAAAAAAUCAAAAACGUCUUGUAAAAAAUCUCACCCAGCUGUCCAAAUGUCACAAUCAGAAGACAACGUUCUAUUUCAAGCAUCCCGAGAACAGUUGUAUGUUAACAUACCUGAGUUUGUAAGCAACAUUGUAAAAUCUGCUAGUGCAGAAUAUAUUGUAGAAACAAGUGUCCAAGCUACUAGUCGAAUUCUCUUUGAGGAGCAUAUCAGAAAAGAUAGGGGAUGUAAGAAUAAGACCAAGGUGAAGAAAGAUUGAAGUCUUCUCAGCCUCUGGUUAUGAAAGCACCAUUUCAAAAAGAUUUAUUUUAGUAGAGGGGCGAAUGAACAUUUGUAGAAAUAGACUCCCCUUCUAAAGUUUGACAAUUGGAAGUCUAAUUUCUUGCUCAACGGACAGGCUUUUCAAUGGAAACUUCCUUUUGUAAAAUGUAUAGUUGGGGUGUAGGUUCAAUUAGUAUUGGACGGGGAGAGUUAUUAAUUGUUAAAUUAUUAUUGGGAAGAUGUAGAUUAUAAUGAAAUGUAAAUAUGUAUGAAAUUUAAUAUAUCAACUUAUAUAAGAAAUAAAUUUAAUGUUCAAAUUGGCAGAAGGUGUUAGAUCUGUAGAUUGAAUAAGUGUUUUUGGAAUGUUUAUUUUCAAUUUAUGUUUUAUCAAUAUUAUCAAUCUACCCGUUAGAUUUUGACCCAUAUGACCUAAUCAUUGAUUGCCAAGAGUCACAGCAGCCCGUAAGUGUCUUAAUACGGCCUGAGCC